UUUUUAGUUCAUGGUUGAGGCGAGCGUUGAUCGGUCGCUCGCUUAUUUUGAAACGGUUUAUAAUACCUUGAAUUAAGAUUUGGACUGCGUUUACGCGUCCCGACAUUUUGUUAACUGUGCAUAAUGUAUUUGAAGAGAAUAAGACACGACUUUCGGAGUGUUAUAUUAUAGCGUAGGUGUUCCGUGUGGGGUUAGAUGUUAUAGCUUGCUUCAAAAAAGAUGCACAGUAACGAGUCGGCGGUGGCGAGUGGCGCGGUGUUGUUGCACCAGUUGGGGCGGCUGAUAGUGCGCUCCCGGAGCGGCAGUCCCACCACUCUCACCAGACGACACAAGCUCAGUCCCUCCACUAGCAAACAGAUAGUAACCCAGCCGAAAGCAGACACGAGCGAGCCCCUGCCGGGAAUUGAGGCCCAGUUAGAUGACCACGUCCACGCCCUGUGGAAUGACCAGAUACCGAUAUGCAUUGACGUCCUCUUAGCACCAGAAUGCCAGGAUUGCUACUCGUCCAUGUGUCGGCCGGGAGACAAGCUGCGACAGCGAGGCCUGCUGCUUGAGAGAUGGGCUGUAGCUAUCACCAACAAAAACCCUGAGAACGCGUCAGUGAUCUCUCCCCAUUGGCUGCUGAGUGCAGUCCGGUCUCAGCUCCACUUCUCCCAACUCUGCGCCUGGCGAGCCACGCUGCACUCUGAGGAUAGACCUGCUGAACGAAGGAGAAAGCUAAGCCGCGAGUCCUGCAACUUUAAGAAAAUCGAAGCCAACUGUGACGAGACUGAGCUGGAAGAGCGCAAGCUGAACAUCAUCUACUCCAUCAAGCUGCCGGGAGAGACCUCCCCCGACUUUUCCCGUCCCCCCACCGACCACACCUUCCCCCUAGCGGACAUCGGCACCGACCUCUACCUCAAAGUUUCCCUAGAGAGCCUCCCGAGGCUAGACAAGAUCCCUCACGUCAAAUGCACCUGCAAACGGAGACCCGGCGUUGACGACGAGGAACUGGUGGGAAAGCUCAACGAUCUCACUCUGGGCCCGAGGAAAUAUCCCUCCGACGCCAUCAACUCCAACGUCGGCGUCGGCGGCAGACGCCUCUCCACGGAGUACCUUUACUCUUCCUGUGAUAAACAGCUCCUCGACGAUCGUAUGUUGACGCCCUGCAGCGAGAGCGGAAAGCAUAAGUGCAACUGUGACGACGAGUCGGACGACAAGAAGCAGGAGACGAAGACGUUGGACGAGAGGCGGCUGAAGGAGAUAGCUAAAUACAAACGACGUUUGCGGAAAGAGAGCAAACUCAAAAAACUCUGUGAUAGCACGUCAUCCGACGGCGAAGCGAAGAAGGAGACUCACACCUCGAUACCGAUCCUGCAGGCGGCCAGAUUCGACAGGUUCAGAGCCAUCGGCCGCUACAGGAAUCAGACUUACCUGACAUUACCCGCCAGUAGAAUAGAAAGCAGAUCUCCAUUCGUAGAGCCGGCCGACGUUCCGCCCUUCGAGUUCAAGAGGACCAACACGAUCGGGACUCAGACGGACGACAUUCAGUGUCAGUGCGGAAACGCCGUCGAGAUGAAGUGCCCCGGUUGCCUGGACAGAGGCAUGGUCAGAUCGGAAGGCAGCUACGACUUGGCCUUAAUAGAGAACGGAACGAGGCGGAAGUACGAAGAGGACGAACGUUCUCUAAAAAAGCUUAAAUGUGAUAUAAAUAGUGAUAUAAGUAGUGAUAAGUGUGAUGAAGUUAUAAAACGGCCGAAGCUCAGACGUUUCUUCCCAAUAGUGGACCGGAUAGAGAGAGUCAUAAACGACAGGGUCCACAACAACGAUAUAGCAGAGUUGAAUCUACGCGAUGACGACACGGUGUUCUCGGUCAAACCGGAACCCAAGAGGCAGAAGACGUACUCCAUAAACGAAGAUUACGUGUGCUUCGAGAAGUGCGACUAUGGAUCUAUUGACAAAUGUGAUAUGGAAUCUCCGAGAGACGAGGAUCCCUUCAAAUUCCCCGAUAAUCCAGAGUCUAACUCGUCCAAUGGUGAAGUCGGGGGAAGCGACGAUCGAAAGUAUAAGCCUUUUGAAAAUGUAGCAGACAAUAAUUUAGAUGUAGAGAAAACGGGACAGAGCACACAAUCGGAUGCGGAGAGAAAAGGACAAGAGAAUCAGAUUCCGUCUCCAACGGAGAUGGACAGGUUCCGCUGGCGUUUCGACUCUGCUGCAUCUAUGGUGUUUCACACCAAAACCGGUCUGCCCUUGACUUCUAGUCCUGCACCGCUGCGUCGGGGAAACAAUUGUUUCGACUUUGACGAUUCCAUCAACGGAGUCUCUGGCAUUAAAAGCGCUCUAUUCCACCCGAUAUCCCCCCCGUCCCCCGCCGCCGUGUCUCCCGUGUCCCCCACGCGACCGCGGCCGCCUCACCCUCGCACUCGGCGAUCGGCACAGCUCGACACACCGCAAAGGAAGAAGACGCCCGCGACCAAACUCAGAAUUGGGACCAGUACGGGCUUGCUGGGUAGCUUCGAGGAGUCGGCUCUCAAGGGCCGCCUGGAGCCAGUGGCCACGGUGCAUGGCUUCACAGCAGAGCUCGGGGCCUCUGGGGCCUUCUGCCCACCGCACAGGCGACUGCCAGUUACCGUGUUCUUCUAUGCGCCCGGUGGCACCAACGCGCCGUAUAUGGGUCACAUAAACCUCGGUCCAGGUGGGUACCGUGUCGCCCGUUCCGGCACCAUCCAGGUGUCACUGUUCAACCCCCACGGGACCCUGGUCAAGAUGUUCGUGGUCCUGUACGACUUGACCAAUAUGCCGCCACUCGCGCGCACCUUCCUCCGCCAGAGGACGCUGUAUAUGCCUGCCGGUGCUGAUCCGCCUAAAACCCACGAAAUGCACAAGUGGCUGAGAUAUUUGAUACAUUUGAGGUUCAUGACGUCCAAGUCAGGAAAACUCUACCUCCACACAGACAUUCGUAUCCUAGUAUCUCGAAAAGCCGAUGUCGACACGGCCACAGCACAUUCCGCCUUAUUCAGACCGAUUCCGACCAAUCACGACAAUACAGCAGCCGCGUCGGCUAAUCAGAGCACAGAACGUCAAACCGACCAAUCACAAAACGGGAUUUCGAAUCGAACUCCCAAUCGCGUGUUUGGCGGUUGCAGUGACUUUGACAGCGAGAUUAAGCGCGAAAUAGGUUACGAGAACCAAAGUAGCGUUUCGUACGAGCUCAGAAGUUUCACGUAUGCUCCAGAGAAUCCCAGAUAUUCCCCGCGAUAGUAUUCGGCCGUUAGAGAGAGUGUGUGUGCCUGUAUAUGUACGUAAAUAAAAGUGUUAUCGUAUGUAAUAAUGAAAAAAUAUAUUUUUUGGUUUUUUA